CUCAUCGCGGACGACCAUCCAAAGAAGCAAUUCCACACCUCCAUCAUCCCCGCCCACGAAAAGCAUCCAUAAUCCUCAUACAAAUCGCCGCUGGUCUCCUUUCGCCUGCAGAGAACGCUGCUGGGAGGCCACUCGUGCCUCCGCUCCCACCUCCCGCAGGCUCCGUGUGCGGGUCGGAUGAGUGGAGAGGCAGCCGUCCGCUUGCGGAGCUCUGAAUGCUGAUGGGCGCUCAAAAGAGCAUUCAUGCCGGUAAAGCUAAGAUAGACUUCAAUGUGGACCUUACUCAGAAACUGUGUGGUGCCCUCUUGUUGCCCCAUAUCAGGCAAUCUACCGAUCCCUUCUCGCAGGUUAUUGCGAGACUUUCCAUCAAACACCCCAAUCUCUUUGGAAGAAACGAAAAAUUGGAGGUACUGUGGAACAAAGGCCUCGAUGAUUCAAACAUUCUCAUAGCAUUCAGGCGCCCAAGGCCUGAUUGGACGUCACAACAGUCGUUUACCAUUCAGUUUUCAGUGACUCCUGAGACUGCAGUGCAUGGGUUGCCUGUUGAUCAUUUCUCUCACUCAGAGAGUGGGAGUGUCAAUCUAUGCCGCUUCUCAGCAGGUGUUGAUUUCAAUGAGCCUUCUACUUCCCACUGGAGCAGCACUACUGGCAUCAAAUUUGAGCAUGUUCAUCCAAUCAAUAAUGAUGGCCAUAUGAUAAGCAGGGAUGUUGAUGGAUUUCCCAUAACUUCCAGUGGAAGCACUUAUGAUAAUAUGGUCAUUCUGAAGCAGGAAGCCCAAUGUGCAAUUGCUAGUGAUGAUAGUUUUACAAGAUUAAAUUUUCAAAUGGAACAAGGACUACCUCUUUUGUCAAAGUGGCUUAUUUUCAAUCGAUUCAAAUUUGUUGCUUCAAAGGGAUUUAAAUUGGGCCCCACUUUUUUGGUCACAAGCCUGAAAGGUGGUUCGAUUGUAGGGGACAUGGCACCAUACCAAGCGUUUGCCAUUGGUGGAAUUGAUAGCGUUCGAGGUUAUGGUGAAGGCGCAGUUGGCUCUGGAAGAUCAUGUCUGGUUGCUAAUAGUGAAUUUACAAUUCCUGUGACAAAGGAACUGGAAGGAGCCAUCUUCAUGGACUGUGGAACUGACUUGGGCUCUUCUCGGCAUGUCCCUGGUAAUCCUGCCCUUAGACAAGGAAAGCCUGGGUUUGGAGUUGGUGUUGGAUAUGGUAUUCGCUUCAGCUCGCAUUUGGGUCAGCUUCGGGUUGACUAUGCGAUGAAUGCCUUCCGACAGAAGACUGUUUACUUCAGCAUCAACAGUGUUAGCUCAUGAGAUCUUGAAGCGUGCCCUUGUGGAAUUCAAGCACCUACAUAUGGACAACAAGAUGGAAGGAAUGUGAUUGCUGCUGUUCUCGGUGAUUCAGAAGGCGUGAAGCAUACCAGUGUGAAGCUGGUGAUGGCAUAUGAACUGUU